UCAGUAAACGGCCUGCCCUCCGGUACGUCACGAACGAGAAGUGCUUUCGACCGGGAGUCUCCACUGCCAGGACUCCGUCGACCCGAGGACGCGCCGCCGGGAACGUGCACAGUUGUAUCCCCGUCGCUCCCGCCCCUUCCGCCUCGCGCGCGCGCGCGCGCACGACUGGCCACGGCGCGCCCGGGUUGGCUGCGGCGGGACCGCGGUGGCGGCCUUGGGAGCGGUAGUGGCUUCUACAGUGCUUUAUGACUUUCUUCCGCCCCCUCCGGUCGGACGCUGUUGUGUGGUUGCCUUAAAAAACCCAACUUUAUUGUUCCUCAGCCCCACCUCCCGGCGCGCGUCCUCAGGAUGCAGGGAGGCUGAGGGAGGAGGGGCGGCGGCGCAGGGUCGCGGUCGCGGGGACCCUCUCCGAGUGCCUGGCUGGAGGGAGGGAGGGAGGGAAUCACGAUGUCCGGUAGCCGGCAGGCCGGGUCGGGCUCCGCUGGGACGAGUCCCGGCUCCUCGGCAGCCUCGUCGGUGACUUCCGCCUCCUCGUCCUUAUCCUCGUCCCCGUCGCCCCCUUCCGUGGCGGCCUCGGCGGCGGCGCUGGUGUCCGGCGGGGCGGCCCAGGCCGCGGGCUCCGGUGGCCUCGGGGGGCCCGUGCGGCCUGUGCUGGUGGCGGCCGCGGUGUCGGGCAGCGGCGGCGGGAGCGGCGGCGGGGCGGUGUCCGCGGGCCUGUCCCGGCUCAGCUGCGCGGCCAGGCCCAGCGCUGGCGUGGGAGGGAGCAGCUCCAGCCUAGGCAGCGGCAGCAGGAAGCGACCUCUGCUCAACCCCCUUUGCAACGGGCUCAUCAACUCUUACGAGGACAAAAGCAACGACUUCGUUUGCCCCAUCUGCUUUGAUAUGAUUGAGGAAGCAUACAUGACAAAAUGUGGCCACAGCUUUUGCUACAAGUGUAUUCAUCAGAGUUUGGAGGACAAUAACAGAUGUCCAAAGUGUAACUAUGUUGUGGACAAUAUUGACCAUCUUUAUCCUAAUUUCUUGGUGAAUGAGCUCAUUCUCAAACAGAAGCAAAGAUUUGAGGAAAAGAGGUUCAAAUUGGACCACUCAGUGAGUAGCACCAAUGGCCACAGGUGGCAAAUAUUUCAAGAUUUGUUGGGAACUGACCAAGAUAAUCUUGAUUUGGCCAAUGUCAACCUAAUGUUGGAGUUACUAGUGCAGAAGAAAAAACAACUGGAAGCAGAAUCACAUGCAGCCCAACUACAGAUCCUUAUGGAAUUCCUCAAGGUUGCAAGAAGAAAUAAAAGAGAGCAACUUGAACAGAUCCAGAAGGAACUAAGUGUUUUGGAAGAGGAUAUAAAGAGAGUAGAAGAAAUGAGUGGCUUAUACUCUCCUGUCAGUGAAGAUAGUACAGUGCCUCAAUUUGAAGCUCCUUCUCCAUCACACAGUAGUAUUAUUGAUUCUACGGAAUACAGCCAACCUCCAGGUUUCAGUGGCAGUUCUCAGACAAAGAAACAGCCUUGGUAUAACAGCACAUUAGCAUCAAGACGAAAACGACUCACUGCUCAUUUUGAAGACUUAGAACAGUGUUAUUUUUCUACAAGGAUGUCUCGUAUCUCAGAUGAUAGUCGAACUGCAAGCCAAUUGGAUGAAUUUCAGGAAUGCUUGUCUAAGUUUACUCGAUAUAAUUCAGUAAGACCUUUGGCCACAUUGUCAUAUGCUAGUGACCUCUAUAAUGGUUCCAGUAUAGUUUCAAGUAUUGAAUUUGACCGGGAUUGUGACUAUUUUGCAAUUGCUGGGGUUACUAAGAAGAUUAAAGUCUAUGAAUAUGGCACAGUCAUCCAAGAUGCAGUGGAUAUUCAUUACCCUGAGAAUGAAAUGACCUGCAAUUCCAAAAUCAGCUGUAUCAGUUGGAGUAGUUACCAUAAGAACCUCUUAGCUAGCAGUGAUUAUGAAGGCACUGUUAUCCUUUGGGAUGGAUUCACAGGUCAGAGGUCAAAAGUCUAUCAGGAGCAUGAGAAGAGGUGUUGGAGUGUUGACUUUAAUUUGAUGGAUCCUAAACUUUUGGCUUCAGGUUCUGAUGAUGCAAAAGUGAAACUGUGGUCUACCAACCUAGACAAUUCAGUGGCAAGUAUUGAGGCAAAGGCUAAUGUGUGCUGUGUGAAAUUUAGCCCUUCUUCCAGAUACCAUUUGGCUUUUGGCUGUGCAG